AUGGCGUCCGACACUCCGAGCCCCGAGGCUCGCGAGCUGAGUCUGAUAGGAAAGGUGGAAUUCAGAAUCGCCAUGGCGGACACCGAUGAGAAGUUGCAGUCGCUGCUCCAGACCUAUCUGGUUCCCUUGUUGCUCAAACUCAACUCAGAGCACGUCGCGGUGCGCAACAAAGUCAUCUCCGUCUGCCAACAUGUCAACGCCCGCGUCAAAUCCCCCUCAAUCCAGCUCCCCGUGGCAGCUUUGCUCAAUCAGUUCAAAGAACAAAAGUCCCAGCUUGUUCGGCAUUUUGAUCUUAUGUACGCUCAGCAGGGAAUCGAUCGUCUUGGUUCUGACGCCAGAGUUGAGAUCUUGCUCCCGCUUCUCCAGGGAAUUUCGGAGAUUGGCACGUCCCUCACUCAAGGUACCAUCGUGUUCAACCUGGUUUUGAGGCUGCUUCCUCUUUUUAAGCUGCCUCCGAAAGGAAGCGAGGAUGAUAUGAGCUUGAAAAAGCGGCUCGGGCUGUCUGACCAAGAUACCCAGUUCUUGUCGUUCUGGCUGGGGAAGUUGCUGCUUCUUUCCCCGGUAGCCAAGGAGUCUCCGACCUGCCCUGGCCUAUCACCAGACGAAUAUACGUUCCUCAAUAAGGGCGCACCUGCCAACGAGACAUGGAAUCCAUCGGCCAGUGGCGGCUUGAAUCUGACCGAAACCAAAGCCACUGCCCUCCGCUUUCUGGGGAGCGGUGCUUUCAGUGAUGCCGAGAGAUUCCUGCCAUGUGUGAUUGCCUCGGCUGAUUCGAAUUCCCGCCUGGCCGAUCUGGCCGAUGAAACUUUGAAGCGAUUUGCCUCGGACCUUGAAAAUCCGGACGUCGUACGACAGCUAUAUGAUCUAUAUUUCGGCUCUGAAACCGCCGAUGGCCCUCUACCCGUGAGACCGCCGCUCCAGGCGAAGAUUCUGGUCUUUUUAGGCAAAUCAAUCAAAGCUACCGGAGACCCCCAAAGAAUCCUGAGGCUCAUUGGAGACGGGCUCCUAUCUGAUACGGCACGCUCCUCUCAGGGACUCCAAGCGUCCAAACUAAGAACUCAAAUUUUCACAUUUACUACCUGGGUGGUCCGCAUGGGUUCGCCUUCCGAUCUGAAACAAAUCGCGUCCAAACUCGUCGCCGGAUUACGGGACUUUAUCCAAACCCAAGGGUGGCCCAGCCCAGGAGCCAGUGGGAUGAAAUUGCCUGCAACAGAUCUAAGCCUACGCGGGCUUGCCUAUGAAAGCAUUGGGAUCAUGGUCCCCAAAGUCGACUUCCAAAUUCGAGAUGAUGAGAUGGAAAACUUCGAAUUCGGUCUUGUCCGAUGGCUAUUCAUGUCUUUGAGUGCGGAUGACUCGAGUCCGCAGAUUUUUGUCAGCAUUGACCAGGCGCUUGGAAGCAUCCUCAAUUCAUCCUUGGAUAGCCACGACAAAGACUUCCAAGAUCAGCUUCGGCCAUUCUUGGUUCGUCUUAUGAGCAUGCAGCCCGGAGAUGUGGAUCCUGAAACUGGAUAUCAGGCUGUGCGAGGUGUUCAAUAUGCCGCUGUGCGUUUUGCGAAUCGAUUCUUGCCCUUUAGCGACGUGGUGGCUCGCUGGGUCGAUCUUAUGGCCGUUGCCCGAGGGCCCGAAAGACAGCAAGAGAUCGUUGAGGAAGGGAAGAAAGGUCUUCACCCAUACUGGUAUCGGCUCCUCAAUCCAACUGGAGAGAGAAAGUGGGAUGCCCCCUCAGCUCAAGAACAUGAUGAAUCCUGGUUUGAUUUCCCCAAGUUCGCUGAGGCGACUCAGUUUCUACUCGGUUCGGGAGAGCAAGAGGAACCUUCGACAGUCCAAGCUAUGUCUGCAUCACAACUUCUAUCGGGGCCUUACAAGAACGCAUUUGUGCCAGCCAUUUCUUUCCUACGCAAUACCCUUAUCUGGGAAGCCUUCUCAGCAUCAGACAUCAGCAUCGACCUCGAGGAAGAUUGGGACUACAAACUUGAAGUGCAUCUUUCAACCAGUGAAGAAGCCCGGUCUGCCGUGAGACAAUACAUUCGAAACUCAGCAAAGGAGUCUGCGCUGUCGUUCUUAUGCGGCACACUUGAUGGGAUUGUUUCUGGGGGACGUGAAGGCAUGCGGCAAUGUGGUGUUAAUUUCGUGGAGAUUUGCUCCUUGGCUCCCAACGACGUUGUUGAAAAGCUGCUUCCGCGGGCUUCAUCUUUGUCCGAGCCCAUUUCCAGCAACAAUGAGGAUAUCCAGGAAGUAGCAGCUCGGGCAUUUGGAAUUCUGGUCUCUCAUCCUGCAUUCGCUGAGGACCAACUCAAGAGCUUUGUGACACAACUGACUGGUACUGUUGAGACAUGGAAUACUGCAGUGGGCGAAGCAGCGCUCCGAGUUCGUGGAGCGAUUUUGGCCCUAUCCUAUCUGCUGAGUAGGCUUGCAUAUCGCAAUUUACUGGAUAGAAUUCCCGAAGCGCAAGUGAAACGGUUUAUUGAUACAGCACUGGAUGUCCUUGACGCUUCUCGGGACACUCUUCUGCAACGAACUUCGCAGACAGCCAUCGGACAGCUCAGUCUUUCGGGGGUCCUGUCACCCCAAGUGCUUCCCGAGGACGGAUGGAAAAAGGUCAAAGACAAAUUGUCAAAAGAUGCCAAAACGGAGAACGAAACUCCCAUCAAGUCACUUGGCUUACUAACACUGGCAUUCUCUCGGUCUGCCUCGGAUGGUUCUCUCUUCGCUGAUUUAGUGGGUUCUCUCUAUGGCCUGCAUGAGAUUCGCAGCCCAGAAGUUCAGUUCACGGUGGGCGAGGCAUUGAGCAACGUUGCUGUUGGGUGGGAUUCCCGGGCGUUGAUUCAAGAAUUCGAUAUCGACGGAGAAUUCCCACGCUCUGGUGUUCCACGUACAGUGUUUGUGGAGGUUUGCGACAAGAUCAUAGCUGACUGUGUCGCCCCCAAGCCAUCUCUUCGUAAGGCGUCAGCCAUCUGGCUGUUGUCUUUGGUCAAGAAUUGUGGUCACCUGCAGGAAAUGCAAGACCGCCUACGGAAGUGCCAGGCAACAUUUGCAAGCCUUCUUGGGAACCGGGAUGAGGUGGUGCAGGAGACAGGUGCUCAUGGCCUCAGUUUGGUUUACGAAAUCGGCGACCAGGCGCUGAAGGAUGAUUUGGUCCGUGAUCUGGUGGAGUCCUUCACAGCAACAGGCCCCAAUCUGGGAGGUGGCAACGUCUCCGAAGACACAAAGCUCUUUGAGCCCGGGGCUCUUCCUACCGGCGAAGGGUCGUCCAUCAGCACCUACAAAGAUAUCAUGAAUCUAGCGGCCGAGGCUGGAGACCCGACACUGGUUUAUCGGUUCAUGUCACUGGCUUCCAACAACGCACUGUGGACAAAUCGAGCGGCAUUCGGACGAUUCGGAAUCAGUACUAUUUUCUCCGAUUCUAGUGUUAAUGGCUAUCUCUCGCAAAACCCCAAGAUCUACCCGAAACUGUUCCGUUACCGCUUUGAUCCAAAUCCCAACGUCCAACGAUCCAUGAACACGAUCUGGCAAGCAUUAGUGAAGGACCCGAAUGCUGUCAUUGAUGCCCAUUUUGACCAAAUUAUGGAGGAUCUGUUGAAGAGCAUGUUAGCUGGGCGCGAAUGGCGCGGCCGCCAGGCCAGUUGUGCUGCCGUUGCAGACCUGGUGCAGGGCCGUCGCCCUGAGAAGUACUCCAAGUACCUGGAUGAGAUCUACAGCAAGGCUUUCAAGCUGUUGGAUGAUAUCAAGGAGUCGGUGCGGACUGCGGCUCUCAAACUUUGCCAAACGAUCACCAAUUCCGUCAUUCGCACGCUCGAGACAAGUGGCACGGAGAAGCGGGCGAGCGGUCUGCUCGGAAGCGCUAUUCCAUUCCUCCUGAGCGAUACGGGUUUGGAUUCCAGCGUUGAAGAUGUGCGUGGCUAUGCCAUUGGGGCCCUUGUCCAGAUCAUCAAGAAGAGUCCCAGCGGGUUGUUGCGGCCGUUUGUUCCCACCAUUCUCGAGAAAUUCCUGGGCUCUCUCAGCUCUCUCGAGCCGCAAGCCGUCAACUACGUCCAUCUCAACGCCGACAAGUACGGGUUGACCGGCCAGGAGAUCGACAAGAUGCGACUCUCCAGCAUUCGCACAUCCCCCAUGAUGGAAGUCAUCGAGCGGUAUUUGAUCGACACCGUGGACGAGACUAAUGUGAAGGAGUUGACAUUCAAAUUGGAGGAUGUGCUCCGGUCCGCGGUGGGACUGCCCUCGAAAGUAGGCUGCAGUCGUGUGCUGGUACUCCUGAGUAUGAAGACGCUGCUGUUCCGCCCGCAUGCAGAUCGGUUCAUCCAACUUCUCUGCAAGUAUGUGGUCGACCGCAAUGAGACCGUCAGCGCAUCCUACUGCACUUCACUUGGCUAUCUUAUGCGACUGGCGUCGGACGAUCGGGUUCUCAAGACCAUUGACUAUGCCAAAAAGCUCUAUCUGACGGCCGAUGAUGCCACGCCACGAGCCAUUGCGGCUGAGAUUCUGCACUCGUCGUCCAAAUUAGCCAACGACCGGUUCAUGGCGUUUGCCGCAACGGCUCUGCCCUUUGUCUUCGUCUGCAAGCACGAUGCGGACGACCACGUGAAAGAGGACUUUGAGAAAACGUGGCAGGAUAAUGUCGGCGGUUCACGCGCAGUGUCGCUUUACAUCCGGGAGAUUGUCGGGCUCGUCGCGGACAAUCUAGACUCCCCGCGCUGGGCCAUCAAGCACACAGCUGCCCGAGCCAUUGCCCAGGCCAUCCUUGCUCUCGAUGCGGAGCUCGAUCUCCCCACGGGCCAAUUGAUCUGGCCCGUGUUGGAAAAGGCCUUAUCGGGGAAGACCUGGGAGGGUAAGGAGGUAGUGCUCAAGGCCUUGGUGAAAUUUGCUAGUCAGGCGCAGAAGCUGUGGCAAGAGAAAGCGGAGCUCCGGGACUUGAUGAAGACUAUUGCUGUGCGUGAGGCGAAGCGAACUAACGCCGCCUACCGACCACAUGGCCUGCGUGCGCUGGGCGAGAUAGCGCGGGCCCGUCCGGAAGUGGAUUUCAUGCCCGAUGCGCUGACCAUUGUGCCCCCCGUAGUGGAGGAACUAGUGGCCGACGAUGACGCGAACGACAAGAUGGAGAUCGACUCCGGUGCUGGCAGUGGAGUGGAUGACACACUGGCUGCCUGCGCGCAGUGUCUCCUGCAAUGUUUUUCAGCGUCGGCCGCCACCCAGGAAGGUCCGUCAGCCCCCACCGCGAGCGGGAAAUCCCCUAGCGUGCUGCCAGCCCCGCUAAGCCAAACCACAGCGCUGGGAAAAAACAUGGAACGGAUAACCGGGCCACUGGACCAGGCCCUGGCACAUGGCGGCCGACCUGUCGCCCGGACCAUUUACGACCACCUCCCCGGGGCGCUCCAGCGAGUGGACCAGCGGGUCCACGACGACCGGUCCCUCGCUGUGGCCUUGACCGCCCUCGCGGAGGCCCUCCUCACGCGCGAGCUGGACGGGUCCGUUGAGGCGCUGCGCAAGGGACGCGCCGAGGCUACCCUGGCGUACCUGAAGCUGCGGCCGCCCGGCAUUCCGGCCACUCUCGGGGAGACCCUCCGCACAUGGAGGGACGGCGAGCGCUCCGCGAGUGUGCAGGCGAUUCUGGACCAAGCGCUAGGCCUGGUGUGA